GCCGCCGCAGCUAGGAUGUACGCCAUGAUCCGCCGCGCGGAUCCCCUGCGGAGGCGCGCAGCGUCGGCCGUCCUGGCCGCGCUGCUGCAGCACCCGGCGGGCCCCUCCGCCGCCGGCGCGUCGGCCCUCCCGCCGCAGUCGCCGCUCCCGCCGUCGGCGAUGUGGUUCCACUCGAGGCCGGGCCCGCUCGGGUACCGGGAGACGGGGGCCGCGCGGGCCGGGGCGCACGCCCAGUUCGCGGCGGAUGAGGGGUGGAACUACGAGGAUGCGAGGAAGCCGGCGGGGGCCGUGUCUGGGGCUGGUGCUGCGGCCGGCGCCAAGGAGGAGGGGCUGGAGGUGGCCAAGCUCGGGAUCUCGUCCGAGAUCGUCAAAAGGCUCGCCGCCAAGGGCAUCACCAAGCUGUUCCCCAUCCAGAAAGCUGUCCUUGAGCCAGCAAUGCAGGGCAAGGACAUGGUUGGCCGUGCCAAAACAGGGACAGGGAAAACUUUGGCUUUUGGAAUUCCCAUAAUGGAUGCUAUUAUUCGCCAUAAUGAAAUCAACAAACCUGGACGGCUUCCCCUGGCGAUAUGUCUGGCCCCAACACGGGAGCUUGCAAAACAAGUUGACAAAGAAUUUGUUGACUCUUCCCCACUGCAGACACUCUGUGUAUAUGGAGGCACUCCAAUUCAGCAACAAAUGAGAGCACUUGACUAUGGUGUUGAUGUAGUUGUUGGGACACCAGGACGGGUAAUUGAUCUGCUAAAGAGAGGGGCUCUGAAUUUGUCAAUGGUCCAGUUUGUUGUUCUUGAUGAAGCAGACCAGAUGCUGUCAGUCGGUUUUGAUGAAGAUGUUGAGAUAAUUUUGAAUAAGGUGCCUCCAAAACGUCAAACCUUGAUGUUCUCUGCAACAAUGCCACCCUGGAUACGCAAGCUGAUGCAGAAGUACCUCAAAGAUCCGGUCAUUGUCGACCUUGUGGGUGAAGAUGAUCAGAAGCUGGCAGAAGGGAUUUCUCUGUUGUCUAUUGCUACAGAGAAUCAUGCAAAACCUGCUGUCCUUGCACAAUUGAUUCAGGACCAUGCUAAAGGAGGUAAGUGCAUCGUAUUUACACAAACAAAAAGGGAUGCUGAUCGGUUGUCAUACACCAUGGGUCGAACUGUCCAGUGCCAAGCCCUUCAUGGAGAUAUUACACAAGGCCAAAGAGAGAGAACACUUCAAGGAUUUCGUGAAGGGCGCUUUAGUACUUUGAUUGCCACUGAUGUUGCUGCUCGUGGUUUGGAUAUUCCAAAUGUGGAUCUGGUGAUACACUAUGAAUUACCAAACAAUUCAGAGAUAUUCGUUCACAGGUCAGGCCGUACUGGUCGUGCUGGGAAGAAGGGUAUUGCAAUUGUGAUGUACGGUUACAACCAAAGUAGAGCUGUCCGGGGUAUUGAGAACGACGUUGGAGGCAAGUUUCAGGAGCUUCCAAAGAUCAACGUUGAAGGUUCUGACUUGACGAUGGCUAGUGGUUUUGAUUCCUACGGAGGCGGAGGCGGUGGCGGCCGCUCACGCGGUGGCGGUUUUGGUGGCCGCAGUGGUGGUUUUGGCAACUCUUCGAGCAGAGGUGGUGGGUUAGGUGAUUCAGGGUUUGGUCGUUCGGGCGGUGGGUUUGGUCGUUCAGGCGGCGGCGGCGGUGGAUUUGGCGAUUCAGGGUUUGGCCGAUCAGGUGGUGGUGGUGGUGGAUUCGGUGAUUCAGGGUUUGGCCGAUCAGGUGGUGGUGGAGGAUUCGGCUCAAGUGGUGGAUUUGGGGGUUCUGGUUCAGGGCGGUCUGGUGGGUUUGGUAGCGGCUCUGGUAGCUCUGGCUCUAGCUGGGGCGGAUUCGGCAGCUUUGGAGGCAAAAGCUCCUGAUUGAUCAACCCCCCAUAGUCCAGCAAAUUUUUGAAUUGGAGCGGAAGGCAACCAUGGUAGUCUAUUAUGUUAUGGAGUCCCAUAACUGGUUCAGCUCGAUGGUUCUUAUAUAUGGAAAGCCCUCUAUCAGAAGAGGUAAAUUAACAUGGUCUGAUUCUUGUUCGGUGGUACGAGGUCGAAUUUCUAGCGUGGACAACAUACGCUUAUAUUGCCUGGAGUUGCCAACUUUGAAGGCAGCUGGAAAUAAUCGCGAGGCUUUCUUCUUUCUCCGUUUCCUGGUGCAUGCUAUUUGCAGCAGGGUUCCUUGUAAAAUAUAUGCAGUGUGGCUCUCUUCUGCGGAUCACAAUAUAUAUCUGCUUUUUUAGUAGUUUUUGUAUUGUAUUAUCAAGUUUUUAGUGGACCUUAUCUAAUGGUGGCCAGAACUAUAGUCUCUAGAAGCACAUGUUAUAAAACUAUGCAUCAGAUACCAUGACUAUAUUGCUAAAAA